CGACCCGCACCAGCUGCAAGUCAACGAGCCUUACUGUGUUGCUCCAACUUCCCCCGUACUUGAGUUAAAAGGGGGAAAAAGAAAAGAGAGAGAGAAACAAGCAAUUUCCUUCUAUUCUCGACGAUGGAGAUUACUGAUUCAUCGUCAUCAUUCGCAUCCCCCGUUCGGCCCCCAUACGAUGUUUUAUUGAGCUUUAAAGGAGCAGACACGCACAGGCAUCUCGUGAAUCGCCUUGGCACCUGCUUGACCGGUGUGGGGAUAAGAGUGUUUAGAGAUGAAAGAAAGGCGGGGGCAGAGAAGGAAAUUGACCCCGUGCUGGUCGAAGCAAUUGAACAGUCGAAGAUAUUGAUACCGAUCAUCUCGCCGGACUACGCUUCCAGCAAGAGUUGCCUGAUGGGGCUGGCCAAGAUGUUGGAUUGUAAGGACACCAUGAACAAUGCCAUCAUUCCCAUUUUCUAUCGCCUCAGCCCUUCAGACAUUGGCUCCUUCGCAGCUAACAAAAAACGACGGAUCGAUGGCAAGUUACUCGACUCCUGGAAGUGCGCCCUCCAUCGUAUUGGACAGUUGAAGGGAUAUCGUCUUGAUCACGCGAACGACCAGCUUAUAUCCGAGCUCGUCUUGUAUGUCACUCGGCAGCUGAAGAAAGCUGAACUAGAUGGUACUUCCUUGCUAGUCGGAAUCGAUAAUCAAGUCUGCGAGAUGAUGAGAAGGCUUGAGGUUGACUGUCGUAACGGACAAGCGGUUGAAAUACGCGGCAAUGAGGUCCGAAUGGUUGGAAUACAUGGCGCUAGGGGGAUUGGGAAAACAACCCUUGCAAAGUUUGUUUACAACCAACUAUAUCCCCUGUUUGAAGGCUGUAGCUAUUUGGGAAACAUCCAAGAGAUAUCGCAAACCGAGCCCCUGCAACAUCUGCAAAGCCAACUGGUUUCUGAACUGCUAAAACAAGAACCCAGAAGCUUGGGUUCCUUAGAAGAAGGUAAUCACUAUAUCAAACAUAGGUUUCGCAAUAUGAGAGUUCUCAUUGUGCUCGAUGAUGUCAAUGAGAGGCAUCAUCUUGAAGCAUUUGCCGGGAAGCUAAGCUGGUUUGGUUCGAGAAGCAGGAUAAUUGUGACUACAAGAAAUGCCGAUCUUCUUAAUAUCCCUGAAGUGGUUGCAACUUAUGAAGUUGAGCCUAUGGAGUUGGAUCAAUCCCUUCGUCUUUUCUGUCGACAUGCUUUUGGGGGAACUUCUCCCCAUGAGGGCUAUGAUUAUCUGUCCAGGCGCAUUGUUUUCACAACUGAAGGGCUUCCUUUAGCAAUUGAGGUGGUAGGUUCAUUUCUGUACAGGAAAAACAAAGAAAUAUGGAAUGAGACGUUACAUCAACUGAAAAAAGAGCCAGUCGAUUCCGUCCAGCAAGUGUUGACGGCUAGCUAUGAAGCUCUAGAUCAAGGGACAAAAGAUAUAUAUCUCGAUAUAGCUUGCUUCUUUAUAGGAAAGGACAAAAGAAUUCCCUUCUACAUGUGGGAGGACUGCGGUUUUUAUCCUUGUAGUGGUAUUGAGAGACUCCUUCUCACGUCCCUGGUGAAAAUUGGAGAGAAUAACGAGCUCUCGAUGUAUGAUCUAUUAAGAGACCUUGGUCGAGAAAUUGUCUACAAGGAAGACCCCGCCAAACCUGGAAGACGCAGUAGGCUAUGGAAUCACGGGGAAGCCCUCAGUACCUUAAGGAGAAAAGAGGUAAAGGGAACGAGAAGGGUUCAAGCCCUCUGUCUCAAGUUCGACAAUGGCUUACCAUAUUGUUUCACAUGUGAAGAAUUUCGAAGCCUGUCCAAGCUGAGGUUCCUCAAAUUGGACAAUGCAAAUAUUGGGGGAGAUUUCACGAAUCUACUUUCCAAUUUAAGGUGGCUCGACUGGCGAGGGUGCCCCGUGACCUAUGAAGCCAUGAACUUGCAUCUGAAGAAAUUGGUGAUUCUUGAUUUAUCGUGGAGCAAGGUCACUCAAAACUGGGGGGGUUGGAGUCAAAUCAAGAUGCCACGAUUAAAAGUUUUGAACCUCACAGGGUGCAAUGAAAUGCUGGUAACUCCCAACUUCUCCGGUUACCCGCUAUUGGAGAUGUUAAUUCUAGAACGCUGUUUUCAAUUGGUCAAGAUAGACCCUUCAAUUUGUCGUCUAAGAUUGUUGGUUUCCUUGAAUUUGAAAUCCUGCAGCAAUCUUUGUGAGUUGCCGCAGGAAAUGGGUUACAUGGAAGCGUUGCAAGAGCUUCUCAUAGAUGGCACUUCUAUACAAGAAAUCCCCAAAUCGAUAGCUCAUAUGGAGAAACUCGAAACUCUUAGUGCCUCCAAUUGCUACUCACUAACUUCCCUGCCCAAUUCCAUUUGCUCUAUAGAAGCUCUAUCACUGCUCUUGCUGGACAAUGUGAAGAUCCCCGAACUCCCCAAUUCAAUUGGAAGUUUGGUGAAACUCAAACGGUUGUCAUUGAGGGGCUGCCAGAGGAUACAGAAACUUCCAGAAUCUAUCGGCAAAUUAGGGUCCUCAUUGGUGGAGUUGGACAUAUCUGGGACCCUUAUUUCGGAACUGCCGAACUCCACGAGAAACCUGCAGCUACUGAGAGUUCUUAAGAUGGAGCGUUGUCAUGUGAGAAAGUUUCCUAGUGCUAUUGGCAGGCUAAGGAAGCUUGAAGAGAUUCAUGCCUCCCACUGUAAGAGUUUGGGGGGAAGCAUUCCUAGUACCAUUCACAAUCUACAGUUCCUGAAAAUAUUGAUCCUAGGAUAUAGUUGUGUUUCUAGCCUACCACCAUCAAUCCAGUCGCUAAGCCAUCUCCAGACCCUUGAUUUACUUCCUUGUGACAACCUUGAAACGUUGCCAAUGCUUCCCUCAAGUUUGACUUGUCUGCGAAUAUGUUCAAAGAAGAUGAGCACAAUCCCAGAUAUUCAGAACUUGGUUGAAUUGGAAGACUUGAGCUUCGGCAAUGAGAAUCCCAAGGAGCUAAUAAUUCCUCACUCAGCAUUUGACCCCGCAUCCACUUUGACCAACCCUCGGACUCUUUGGCCUAUAAGGUUUCCAAAGCUCAAGAGCUUAGAGUUGUCUCAUUCCCAAAUCCUCAAUUUGGGAUUUGAAUACGGCUCUGCAUGUGUUCCUCAGCUCAAGAAAGUCAUCCUGACGGGCACAAAUCUUCAAGGAGUAUCGGGGCUUCCCUCAUCGUUGUCCGUUUUGUCGAUCCAAGCUUGUUUGUCACUGAAGAGAUUGCCGACAGUUCAGAAUUUGAUUAACUUGUCGGAGCUAGAGCUCUUGAACUCGGCUGUUGAAGAGAUUAAAGGGCUUGGAGAGCUAAAACGCCUAGAGAUCCUGGUCAUGUCGUAUUGCCGGAUAGAACGUCUCGACGGCCUCUCCAAAUUGAGGUCAUUGAAGAGACUGUCUCUCAAGAACUGCAAUUCGCUAGACAGGUUGCCCAACAUAUCCGACCUCACCAUGUUGAAAGUCCUGGAAAUCCAUCAGUGCUCGAGGAUCUGCAACAUCGAAGGCCUUGAGGUAUUGACAUCCUUGGAGGAGCUGCACGUGAGUGAAUGUGAAGCUGAAUGGUCAUCAAGAGUAAGACAUGCCCAGAAGAGUAUCAGAAAACGUUUGAGGACAUCCUCUUGAGUGUGAUAGAGAGCAAAAACGUGAGGGUUGACUGAGCAAGUGAGGUGAGACCAAGAGAGAAAAAAAAAAGCUGGAACCGUGAGCACCAAAGGGAACCGAGAGGAGGAGAGGAGAGGCCGUGAGUGUUGGGUUUAUCUAACUUCCUUCAUCAUUCAAGGUAGGGAUUUUGUCAUUUCUAUGUGUCUUGAUCUCAUUUUGUUUAUUUUUUAUUCAUUCACCGUGUCCUCUGAGCAUAGAACUGAAGUUGAAAGCCAAGUUUGAUGGCUUGCCUAGUCCUAUUGGGUUUGUCGGUUGAAUAGCUCGGCCAUGGUGUUUGAUUGUGUGUCGUUUUAUCUUUAGAUCAUGUAUUUAUUUUGCUUAUAGUCAUUUGUCAUGCCUUGAA